AUGUCGCUGCGGCUCAGCGCGCGUCCGCCGCUGGUGCUCCUGCACGUGUGCGUCGCGCUGGCCAUGACGAGCGCGGCCGUCGCCCGGGCGCUGGCGCAGUCCGCCUGCUGGGGCGGCACGAUGAGCUCGUGGGCUCCGGGCAACAACUGCGUCGCCACCUCUUAUGCACCACCGUGCCCGCCAGGGACGUGGGCCUCCCAGCCCCCGCUCGGCCACACCCCGCCGCCCAACGGCGACUUCGACCUCGAGAGCAUGCUCGCGGAGAGGGAGGCCCAGUGCGCGAGCUGGGGCGGCACGUGGCACAACCGUGUGUGCGACGCAGGCCUCAACUCCUUCAACUGGUGUGGGGCGGGUCGCAAGGUCAUCGCGCUCACGUUCGACGACGGCCCCGUCCUCCCGGCGUCCUGGGACCCCAGCAGGCCCCACACCAGCGCGGUCCUGGCCGAUCUCGCGGCGGCAGGCGUCCGCGCGACCUUCCUCAUCUCGCCCGCAGCGAUCGGGUUCAGCCCGGAAACCCUCCCCGAGAAGUGCGCCGUGCUCCAGGACACCCUGGCCGCCGGGCACGAGGUCCAGAGCCACACGUGGCUGCACGGCGAGAUCCCGUCGACGCCGGACAUCGCCGCCGAGCUCCAGACCGUGCAGGACUGGUUCGCGACGUGCACCGGCGGCGCCACGCCCCUGUCGAUGGUUCGCCCGCCGUACGGCGUGAUCGACGUCCCCUCCGCUCACGCGUGCAACGACGCCGGGCACAUCGUCGCGACCUGGUCGCACAACUCGGACGACUGGAAGCUCGCGUGGAGCAGCCUGCCCGUCUCAGACAAGAUCACGCGCAUCAUCAAUCGCAUCAUGCACGGCACCGACGUCGACACCCAGCAGCCGCUGCCGGGCGCGUCGAAGCUCGCGGACACGCUGGCGGCGGGCGACUCGGCUACGGUGCUGUUCCACGACCAGGCGUACUGGCCGGGGAUCGUCCCGCAGCUCGUGGCCGCGAUCCACGCCGUGGACCCGGCGUACGAGUUCGUCACUGCGUCCGAGUGCUUCCACGGCUGCUUUGACCUCGUGUGCAACGCGCCGCACGGCGAGCUGCACUGCUCGGACGCGUUCUGCGGGUGGGGGUGA